AUUAUUCAUUGUAGGUAUAUCAUUUUAUAUCAAUAAUUAUUCUCAUAUGAUACAUCUACAAUAAUUAAUUAUUGUAGAGAUCAAGGUUUUCUAACGUUCAUGUCAUAUUGACAAGUUUACUUGCGAACAAAUGAGGCCGUCACAGUCUUUGUCCAUAUUUGUCAAAAUUGUAGUGAAAUGGAGGAACUUUUCCAUUCAAUCACGAAGAUAUUAGCGCACAACAUUGUUGUGCAUGUUUAUUCACUGCCAAAUUUCUCAAUAGAAAGCUUCAUCACCUCGCUCAUCUGUGUUGUCCACAUCUUAUUAAUCAUGGAAGUUAAUUCGCUGGUCUCCCAUAUAACAGAAAAAUCCAUUGCAAAAUUGAGACGACAAAGAAUAAUGAGAGACGACAGCAAGCCAAACUCCAGUAUAUCACUUCAAAGUGGAGAUACCCAUGUGAAGAUGCAACACCACCUCCGAAAAUACUAUGAGAAUCACUCGCCUUUCAUCCCGCCAAACUACAGCACGAAGAAAUUGACAAAAAUACCCGAAAUGCAAAGUUCCGACUAUAAUUGGAUACCGACGACGGUGGAAGAGGAAAAAUACGAAAAAAUAGAUCAGAUCCUAUCGGUAUCUCCAAGCGAUUACAUAAAGAAGGACAAGGAGAAGAAAAUACACGAGAAUGAACUCAGGCAUUGUCUCAAAUCCCUCACUACCCUCUUGGAAUGCAGUGUAGCAUCAAGAAUGUCCACAACAAGUCUAGCCAAAAGCAUCAGCAUCAUAAGGGAUCACCUGAAGACUACAGGUUCGAAUGAAAAUAUUGCGGAAAGUAACAAAAAAGCAACUGAAAAUAACAGGAAAACGACAGAUAGUUUGUUUGAUAUGAUGGAACGUUCUUUAACCCAGAGUGCGAAAGAAGACGGGGUGACAUCGCAUGGUGAUAGGGCUCGUAGGUCAAGUCUUGAGGGCAAUUUCUCAAUAUACAGUUCUCCAAGUGAUACUAGCGCAGAGGCCGAUUUAGAUUCCCAAUCUAAUAUAACGGAAGUCAAGUAGAAGAGAGCGCUGAACAUUAGAUUUGAAAAGUUGUAAAAUAAAACAUAUUAACGGACCUUA